UAAGCGGCGACGCGAGUGGCUAUACGAUAUUUUAUCGUGUGCUCACAGAAUCUGGAUUCCGAUUACCUCAGAAGUUACUUGAAAAUUCGUUGUGCUUCAAGUGUUUCGUUUGUUUACUCUGGCAACGUUUUGGACUUGUGGGGCGCCGGAGCUAGGGAAUGAUGGACUUCUAUGAUGGACUGUAGGCCCCGCCGCCGGCCUCCGCCCUCUUCCAGGAUCACUGUUGUAUUGUUAGUACUCGCCCUGUCCGCGGGACUAUCCGCAGCGCUGACUCUCACACGCAUUGUCCAUCUUCGUUCUGGUAAACUUCAAGGUAUUGUAGUGAGAAACAAGAUGUCGCGGCCAGUAGAGAUUUUCCUAGGAGUGCCUUACGCUACGCCGCCCGUUGGCGUCAACAGGUUCAGCCCCACCCGCAGUGUGCCACCCUGGGCGGGGGUGCGGUUGUGUGACCGCCCAGCUCCCGUGUGUCCGCAGCAGCCGCCCAACCUGACCGCGGCCGCCCAUGGGUGGAUGUCUCGAGGUAGACUGGCCGCCCUGCACCGCCUCGCUCCAUUUCUCCAGGACUACAGCGAGGACUGCCUUUAUCUUAACGUUUAUGCUCCUGCUUACGAAACAUUUGGUGAACGUAUCAUAUCAUUUAGAGGUAGUGUCAACUGGCCCCCACGGUCGUGUGAUAUCACUCCAACAGACUUCUUUCUGUGGGGAUAUGUUAAGUCUCAAGUAUACGCUGACAAGCCACAAACUUUAAAUGACUUGGAAGCUAACAUUCAUCGAGUUAUUGGCGGAAUCCAACCACAGCUGCUGGAAAGAAUGAAAAAGGAAGGAGAGUUGUCACCGGUUCUUGUGUUCGUCCAUGGGUCCGAAGACUUCAGUUCGGGAAGUGGCAACCCUUUUGAUGGAAGAGUCCUGGCAGGGUACACCUCAAUUGUAGUCGUCACCAUAAACUACCGCCUGGGCGCCUUAGGGUUCCUAAACCUCAACAAUGACCCGGACUCCCGGCCUCGUAUUGCCAACAGUGGAUUGAUGGACCAGAUCGCAGCUCUGCAGUGGGUCCAGCAGAACAUUGACAAGUUUGGAGGUGACCCGACCAGAGUGACCGUGGCGGGUCAUGGUACUGGUGCCGCGUGUGUCCACUUCUUGGCCAUCUCACCUGCUGUCAUGGCUGGUCUAUUCCACCGGGUCUUGCUGUUGUCUGGGUCAGCUCUCAGCAGCUGGGCUCUGGUAGAAGACCCAGUCUCCGCUGCUACCGUCCUCGCUUCUCAAGUCAACUGUACUGACCAUGUGGACGUUGUCGGCUGUCUACAGGAGGUACCGGUUGAGGAGAUCUUGAAGGCAGACGUUAGACCGCCAGCCUUCCUCCACUCCUUCGGCCCGAGCCUGGACGGCGUGGUGGUGAGACCCGGGUAUUCCGGAGAUCACGAGGACUACGCAGCACGGGAGGUCGACGUAAUGUUAGGUGUAGUAACUGCAGAGGCUAUUGGCUGGUUCACAUCAUCCGAUCUUCAGGCGGGGUUUGACCACUCGCGAAGGGAUCGUAUUCUACGCACCUACGUUCGCAACGCCUACGAAUACCACCUACCAGAGAUCUUUGUGACCAUCGUGAACGAAUACACGGACUGGGAACGCACAGUAGUUCACCCUGUAAACACCAGGGACGCUACUGUCGCGGCCCUCAGUGAUGCACAGUAUGUGGCCCCCGUUGUGAAGACUGCGGACUUGUUCAGCUCAGCGAGUAGAGGAGCGACGUACUUCUAUGUGUUCGACCACCAGACCAAGCAUGGGGACUAUGCUCAGAGGCUAGGGGUGGCACAUGGCGAGGAGCUUGCCUACCUGUUUGGAGCUCCUCUGGUUGAUCAGCUGGGUCAUUUCCCCAGGAACUUCACAAGAGCAGAGGUCGCACUGGCUGAAGGGUUCAUGACUAGUGUAGCAAACUUCGUUAGAGUUGGCAAUCCAAACUCAAAGGAAUCCAAGGACCAAUUUCUUCCAGUUUCAAAAGAAAAAAAUCGCUUUCGGUCACUCACCUGGGAUCAAUACGACUCAACCCAUCAAAAGUAUUUGGAUAUCAGCUUAAGACCGAAAACGAAAAAUCACUUUAGAUCGCACCAUCUAUCUAUCUGGCUACAGCUAAUCCCAGAGCUUCAUCGAGCUGGUAUGGAGGACGUCCAUACAAGACAUAACCGUUUCCACAAUCAUCAUGACCUUGAAUUGUAUACGGGGUUGGUCCGGCCCGACCCUAGGAGAGAAAAUGUCACGGUAUCAGAGGUAAUUCUUCCUAUAACCACAAUGGAAACGAUGGUGACAACUUGUGUUAACCUCUACACAACACGAGGGUACCGCAACUCCUCCGACAGCGACGCUGACAUCAGAGAGGUCACCUACCUACCCAUCCUCACCAUGACGGUCACCAUAGGCGUCAGCCUGCUCGUGCUGAAUCUCCUGGUGUGCGCCGCAGUCUACUACCAGCGCGACAAGACGAGGAUAGAGCUGAAAGCGCUGGAACAACAGAAGCGACUGCGGACUCAGCACGGGCUGAAGCAUUCGACCAGUGUUGUUCUAGACAUGGACACAGAGUCUCCUAUUAUGGUCUUGACUCAUUUGCCUUCCAAGAACGGUUCCGUCAAGUCCCUAGGUCCACUUAUACCCCCGGCGCCGAGCCCGCCGCAGAUGCCGAGGCCUAAACGAUCGUCAAUACCUGCAGCAGCUAUCAGCGAGAUCACGGUUUAG